AAAAAGCUCUUGGGCGCACAUAAAUCCCCGUAGGCAACAAGCUCGCCCGGUUUACGAGUCAAACACGAAUACUUCUCAGAGAGUUACAGAAUUGCGCUUGGUUUGCGAGCAUGGCCUCAGUUUCGGAGCUAGGAAAUAGCUCUCAACGUUCUAUUGUCGAAGUCGAGUCAGCGGAACUAUUCAGCAACACCAUGGGAGGCUACAGGGAAAGUUCUGCGGAAGUGCUCGACGCCUUCAUGAAUGCGUUCGCUACGAUAGACCCCAGUGACAACAAAUUAUCGGAGCUUCCGUUUCUCGACGUCGGCUGUGGUGAAGGAAACUUCACACUGCGCCACUUGUUGCCGCACUGCCAGGGUCAGUGUCGAAAACUAGUGGCUGUGGACAACUCGACGGCUAUGCUCGAAUAUGCGAGGUCUCACCACGCGCAUAAGAUGAUCGACUACAUCCUAUUCGACAUCGUAAAAGACGACGUGGACAAAUUUUUGGAUGAGCAUGGACCUUUCGCCCGUGUCUACUCCUUCAACGUGCUCCACUGGGUCAAGGACAGGGCUCGGGCUUUGAGGAACAUUGAGAAGCUGAUAGCGCCAGGAGGGGAGUGCUUUGUCACCUUCGAGAACUGCAUCCCCAUAUUCGAAGUGUGCGUGACCCUUGCACAAUCUGUCCGGUGGAAACAAUACUCUGAGGUCCUCCUUGAUAAAGUGCCCAUCACAGCUCGCUGCACGGACGUGGGCUUCAUGAGAUCUCACCUUUUGCAUAUCGUCAACGAGACGGCACUCAAGCCACUGGCUUGCGAAGUGUUACGCUUGCCCGCAGUCAAUGUCCCAGACCUCAAGGAUGCAACCGAUCGCAUUGUUUCGUACAACCCAAUCUACCAACAUUUAAAUGAUGAAGACAAGGAAGAACUGACUAAGUACACAGCUGAUAUCCUUGCGAACAGGGCUCAAGAAAUGGCGGAAGGGCGAAUCAGCAAUCACAGAUUCACUUACGUAAUCCACGCCUACAAGCCUGCGCUAUGACCAAACACUUGCGCUUGACAGAGCUACGGCUUUCCUUAAAGGGAUAACGGAAUAUUUCUGUUCCGCUUAUAAGUGGACAGAGAGACAAGCGCUCCGCUUUGUCAUUCAAAGACGCACUGCCUCUGAGUCAAAUUUGCAAAUAAUUGGUGAUCACUACUGCCUUUAAGGAACAAGGCAAUUUGAGAAACGAAGCACAUGGUACACGGGAAAUAUGUGCUGGGCGCCACGUAGAGUAAAUCAAGAAUUCGCUGAAGCGGAGCACAAUGUGAUGGGAAAAUAAGCGGUGAUAUAUAUCGUCCCCUUAUAGGUUGCGCCACAUGAAAAGUUGGUUUUACUUGGCAUUGAUUGUUCCGAGACCACAGCGAUGUGCGGAAAAAAAUAACACGAGAAUUUUGACAGAACGGAGCGAGGUCCUGAUAAAAUUAAAAAGAUUGCAGUAAUGGCAUAACCCACACAGAGGACUCCAAGGUUCUUCGCCUUUAGCUGUAUUUGAUCUCCGAACUGCUCAAGGCUGUAGUGGGCGCUGUGUGCCUUGUGAACAGGAGAGAUACAUCCGGCUGAAGAGAAUUAAAUUAGUGAGACAUGAGAAACUACGAUAAUCGUUAUAAAGAGGACAAAAACAUUUUUUUUAUCAACGCUUACGUUCAGUGAAAAUAGAGGAUGCAUGUACGGCGUUAGGUACGGUACUUGGUCUGCAAUGCAGCUGACUGCUGUUUGUUAUUGAGUCUCUAUAGCAUGUGUAGUGGUUGCAGCAGCUGCCAUGCCGGAUAAUAGCAAGAAAAGCGAAACGGCAUGAAACGGAAGAAGCGAAAACUACGCUAUUCAAAUACACAAGAAAAUUACCAAGGGGUGCGUGUGCGCUGUUUUAUCUCUAUUCCUUUGUUACUUCCGGCGUGCAACUCUUCGCUCCACUUGAAUGAGUGCUCUUGUGAAGACCUGAGUUGCUGUGGAAACCAAUGUGACCGAGCACGUUUUUUUUAAGGGCGAGCAUCGUUUAUCCAAUUACAGGUAAUUCAAAAUUAUGACUUUCUUUUUUAUUAUCUUGUUUACCAUGUAUUUCCAUCUGCUCGCCUUUUGGUGUAUCGUCAGUGUUGUGAAGCCCCUAUACAUGUUUGCUGUGAUAUUGCAUGUAUAAAUUCAGCCCUAAGAGCUGUUUUAGCGUUUGUCUUUGCUUACCCUAAUACUGAGGUUUGUUAAGAACUGAUUCCGUAAAUAGAUUCGUAUCAUGAGGACAAAUAGUUACGCCUAUUUCACGCGGAGUAAGUACUUAAUAAUAGCCUGUAAAUGUUUGUAGUUAAGGUGGGAAAUUAACAAAAGUUGCCGAUGUACAAAUGGAAAGUCACCGACUCGGCUACUUAAUUAUUGCACAAAAUGAAAUAAAAAUGUUAUUUCUAAACAAAAUUGUAGGUUACCUUAUUUUGAAUGCUUUCUUUGUUUCAGUGUCUUGUCCGCGUAAGCUUUUGUGCAAGUGCUUCGUGCGAAUUAUUUGUACGAGCCAAGAGUCAGAUUGAACUACGGGCUUGGGGCACUGUAAAAUAUUUGGAGAACUGAACGUGUCUCAGUAUAUCCCUGGUUCAAGCAGCCUCUCGA